AUGCCCUUAAAAAAGUUUACAACCCUUAUUUACAAGCUGAACAAGACCCACAAGACUCCAUAUGGUCCUUUGGUCUACACCCAGAAGUUAACCCUGCCUUCCAAGAACAAUUCUCUGGGCAUGGAUGACCAUGACUUCACACUGAUGACAUAUGUGAGGACAGAGUGGAAAGGCCUGGCGGGGGAGAUUUGGAAGACUCGGUCCUGCCGAGGGCUCUGCGGUCCAGUCCGUGGCCGUGCCCGGAUCAAUCUGAGGCGGGAGGACACUCAGCCCGUGCGAUGCCGCGACCCGCAGCACAGCGGGGAGGAGGAUCCAGGGACCCGUAGCACUGCAUCUCCCUGUCUGCCCGGACACCUCUCGCUCUGUCUUUCCAUCUCUCUCUCCCUUCCUCUUCCAUCUCUCCCUCCGUCAGUCGCUCCCUGCUGGCUCUGGCCUUGGUUCUGGUCUCUGGAAAUGUGGCAUCAAAGCUUUGGACUUCUAGGAAAAUCCUACACCCAUGACACAACAGGAUCCUUUUUGCUGGGGAAGUGGCUCUACAUGCCCCUCUGCUCAGUACCUCUGUGUAGUGCUGUGGUAGAUGUUGCUAUCCAGGAUUAUGUGGCUGAUGUAGCCUCAGAACUCACGUACCAGAACAAGAGUCCCAUCUCCACAGAAGUUGUCUUCGUCUUCCCCCUGGGCCCACAAAUGUCCAUGUACUCCUUCCAGGCCUGCAGUGAGGAUGCCAAGGUCCAGGCCAUGCUGCAGGAUGAGGCCCAGCAGCUUCAUGAAGCUACAGGGAGCUGGGAGAAUCUGGAAUACCUUCAGGAUCAGUCUAGGUAUCCAGGCAAGGUGUUUGCCUGCUUCCUGGGCACACUGUCCCCUGGCAGGGAGCUGGUCGUGACACUACGCUAUGUCCAGGAGCUGUCACGGGAGCCAGACGGAGCAGCCCGGUUUGUGCUGCCACACACACUGCACCCCUACACACAACUCUACGCCUGGAACUGUCACAGUAGCCACCUCCCCUACAGCCUGCUGCUCACCGCUAGCCUGCAGUCACCCCGUGGAGUAGCCAAUGUCCAGGCCAACUGCUCCCUCACCCCUUUGAUCUACACUGCCCAGGACCACAGCACUGCACAGGUCUCACUGGCUGGCAGCCCCCCAGGACAACAUGAUUUGGAGCUGCUGGUGCAUUUUGGAAAGCCCAGUGCAGUCAGUGCUGUGGUGGAGAAGGGAAACCCUGAGGCCCCUCCAGGCUCCCUGCUUGGUGAUCCCAUGGUGUUGGUGACACUGGCACCCAGCAUCCCUGAGCCAGUGCCUGGGCAACGCCAGUCUGGAGAGUUCAUCUUCCUCCUGGACACCACUUUUCUUGAGCAUGCCCAGGACUCCCUGCUCUUCCUCCUCAAAAGCCUGCCUCUGGGCUGCUACUUCAACAUCUACUGCUAUGAAGCAGUGUCUGUUGGCAUCUACCCAUGAGCAAACAUGGGGCAGACCGGGCAAAGUGUUGAAUAUACUCAGGACAACCUGACCAAUGCCCUGUGGCGCAUUCCUUCCACCUGCUCCAGUCUGGGUGACACCAACCUGCUUGAAACCCUCCGCUCAGCCUACAGUACCCCCCGCCCCCGCGGGCAUGCACGCCAGGUCUUCAUCUUCAUGACUGGGCUACCCUCUGACAAAGAAGCCAUCGCAGCUGAGGUCUGUCAUCAUCGCAACAGCCACCGGUGUUUCUCCUUCUACUUCUCUGAGGACAGCGCUGCCCUGGCUAUAGCCCUGGCCAGGGAGACAGGGGGUGAAGUUACCUAUGUCUCCUCCAACAACAGUAUGACAGCUGUGGUGUUGCAGUGCCUGAAGAUAGCCCUCAAGCCAGCAGCUGAAGUAGUCUCUCUGAGCUGGACCCUGCCACGUGGCCUGGAGGUUGAAGUGCUGGGGGGUACUCCUCAGUCUAUCUUUCAGGGUCAACACAGUCUUCUCUAUGCCCAGAUCCAUGGACAGGCACAGGAUACAACGGUAGCCAAGGGAGUCAUGACUUUGCAGUGCAGCCUGGAGGGCCAGGAUGUCACUCACACAAUUGAAUUCCCACUGUGCUCACAGGGAGAUGGACGGCUGGCUGGGCAUCGUCUGGCUGUGAGGUCCUUACUGCAGAGAUUGUUUCUUGAGGCUGCGAGUGGGUCAGGGGAUGAACCCAGACAUCGUGCAGUGGAGAUCAGCCUCGCUUCAGGGAUCAUCUGCCCCUUUACCAGCUAUGUGGGCAUUCGUACAUCACAGAGGGUAACCUGGUACCGAGGGCCUCUGGCACUGUUGGCACCCUGCCAGUCACACAUCCCCUGCCAGCUUGUUGAGCUUCCUGGCUCGUGUAAGGACUCUUCCUGCUAUCCGGUGACUAUCUGGGUCCCACCUGGCUGGCUGACAGCAGUGCGUGAGUCAUGGCGUGUCCUCCGUCGGCUCACCUGUGGCAUUGCUGCCCUGCCCAACCGGGGGGCUUGCUCAAAAGCACAUAAACCACUACCACCAUCUAUUUCUUCUCUCAAGUAUGUGGAUCCUACAGCAUAUGUGUUGCGCUCUCCAAUUUUUGGGCCGUGGUCCACUGAAGCCUUUGCUGAGUGCCAGAAACUGGUAGCACUGCAGAGUGAAGAUGGCUCCUGGGCCCUCAGCUCAGGAUUGGCCUCUGUGCUGGAGGUCGAUGAAGCUGAAAUCAAGAGAAAGAUGCCUGGUGAGGUCAUGGAACCAAGCAUUUGGGCCACAGUGCUGGCUGUGACCUGGCUGCACAGACCCGACAAAUGUUACCAAGACUACUGUGAACUUCUGGAGGCCAAGGCCAUGACCUGGCUGUGCAGCCGAGCUGUGUCUCAGCUGGACAAGUGUCUGAAGGCAGCCAACAACCUCCUCGGGAGCACUGCAAAGCCAAAUAUCUUCAGGCUCUGAGUUCACAUAUGCCUUGAUACAGACCAAUAGCACCUGCAGAAAGUAUAAGCCAAAUUCACACACUGUGCUGGGAUACCACUUUUGCUACCAGCUGGGGUCUUACAUUGUAGAUUAAUUCUUGCUGCUUAUAUAUUAUACUAUUUGGGCUGAACGUGUACCAUGCUGAGCUCCUCAAGAGAAAAACUCCAAUUCAACCCCUCCAAGUGUUUAGUCUUGGUACAGGUGGCAGUGAGAAGGAAGCCCUGUCCUUCCUGAAUUAGACUUUGGCAAAAUAGCUACUGGGUCCCACAAAGGUGGUGCUUAGGGACAUGGUUGGACCUAAUUGUGGACUUAGAAGUGCUGGUUUAACAGUUGGACUCAAUGAUCUUUUCCAAACUAAAUUAUUUUAUGAUUAUGGUUUCUGUUUGACAAGAGAGUGCUUUGCACACUAGAAAAGAUCAGUGUUUAGUGGUACCAACAGCAUGUACCAUUGCAGAGGCUCACAAUGAAGGACUCCUGCUGCAUGUCAGUUGCUGACCUCUUUGCUUUCCCCCAAAAGUCCAGGUUGUGUCAGAAACUCCCAUAUCUUUCCUUUGCCUUGUAAACCAAUCAUUUUGGAAGUAAAACUCUCAUCUUCAUCAGACUCAGCCCUCAGACUCAGGCUUAAAAGAGCUCAAGUGACAUGAGACUGAUUUGAAAACUAUCAGUAUGUUGGAGGUAGAACUUCAGGAGCUUUUGAUUAACAAACCAGUUAUGCAAUUUACUCCCUCUGCCUCUGGGUCCUGACUUCGUGGGUGUCACUCCAUGUUAGCAAAGUCUCUGCUUCAGUUCCCAAUAAACAGUGAAUCUUCUGUAAGCCAAAA